AUGACGGGUCCAAAGGACAACGACCAGACGGCACUGCUUCGCACGACCCUUUAUUUGCAUUUGGCGCGCGCUUUCCGGCCUCUUCCAUCCCUCACUACCUCCCACUACGACUCAUCCGCCGUUGACAGACACGCGCGCAUUCGCCUCGAUCUAGGCAAUUUUCGGCCCAAAUUUAGGCACCGGCGGUACUGGCUACGAGGUUCACUUCAGUCCAUUCGAAUGGUUCGAAGCGAUAAGUUGAAUUCGAAGAAAUCGCGUGUGUGCGCCCGGGUCCUGCUCGCAGCAACCCGGUUUCACGGGAGUAAAUCACAAAUGAAGGUCGACGUCAUGCCGCCGGUCACCAACAAGGAGGACGAACCGCCGAAACCGCCGGCCAUCGUGUCGUACGCGUUCGAGAAGGAGGUCAUCAACAAGCAGAACGCGAUCAGCCACGUGACGGAUCAUUUCUUGCCGAAUUUGAACCGGGUACCGAUUGCGAUUAAGUUCUGGUCCAAGUACGACUCGACUACGGCAGCGGCCCAGAGCGGACUGGCCAACUUCGAUAAGUACUUUAAGCUGCUGGAGAAGAACAUUGCCGAGGGGCCGAAGGAGAAGUUUCAGGAGCCGAGGACCGAGAAUCAGAGCUAUGGGUGGCACUCGGAUCCGUUCUACCGCCAAGACCCGGAAGAUGUCCAUCUGCUGUACCAUCCAAAGAAGCGGCACGAGAUUACGAUCAUCGGCGAGAAAAUCAAUGCGGACAGGAUCACACAAAGACCGAGGUUCACCGGGAUCCCAUUCAAACUACCCAGUUGA